AUGAAUCAAAAAUUAUUUAUCUUGUUACUUGCUGUUAUGUUUUUCAGUGGUUUGGUGCCAUUUAUAAGUGCACUUCCUUCUCCUCGUCGCGACUGUCCUGAUCCAGCAGAAACACCAUUUUGCGAUG